AGAGCGGCGUUCGGGACCUGCGCGCUUUAGUCUUCCUUCCCCCCCCCCCCCCCGUUCGCUCUUCCUUUGCUGGCACGCGGGUCCUCACGCGCUCCCUCAAGAAGCCGCUGAGAGGAGGAAGAGGAGGAGGGGCGGCGGCCAUUCCGGUCGUCGCCACCCCUUCGCCGAGUGCCGUUGCAAAAGCCCCUACCCUGCCUCAGCUCUGGGUGGGAGGAGGAAGGCGAUGAGCGGCGGCGGCGGGUCUUGACGACGACAGCGGCGGCGCUGUGCCCGCCCCGUUCACUCCCCUUUCCCCUCCCUUCAUCUCGAGGAUGCUGAAGAUGAAGCUGCCGGUGAAGCAGCAGCAGCAGCGGCAGGCGAUGAGCCAUAAGGAGGUGGAGGAGGACGGUGAGGGAGCGGCAGCGGGCGUUGCGCUGAGGGACUGCGCCGCCGCCAGUGCCGGCCUGGCCAGUCGCCCGCGUCGAAGCGGGGCCGGAUCAGGGACAGCGGUCUCGUCGGGCGGCGGCGGCGGCCCUGCUCCGCUGCUGCGCUGCCUCUGCGGCUGCUCGGCCGGAGGCGCCCGCGAGGCUGUCUACGAGUGGUUCGGCCUGGCACUGGGCUCGGCUCAGCGGCUGGAGUUCGCCGUGGGGCUGCUCGACCUGCUCAACCCGCUAGAGCUGCGCUUCCUGGGCUCCUGCCUGGAGGAGCUAGCCCGAAAGGACUACCACUGCCUGCGGGACUCCGAGGCCAAAGCCAACGGCGCUGGGGCGGCUGCAGGCGCCGCCGACGCUUCCUCGUCAGGAAGCAAUCCCAGCCCUCCGGGCACCGGCCCCCCGCAGCAGCAGCCGCAGCUCCUCGCAGCGCCGCCGCCGCCGCCGCCUUCACCUCCUCCCCCAGCGGCUGCAGCGGCUGGCUCGCCCCCUCCCGCUGCUCCCCCGCUGGGCGGCAGCGACUUCCGCGACCCGGCGGUGCGUUCCAAGCUCAUCGUCUACUUGGCGCUGCUGGGCUCCGAAAAUCGCGAGGCUGCCAGCCGCCUUCACCGCCUCCUGCCCCAUGUGGACGCCAUCCUGCAAAGCUGCCGUCCCCUCGGCCCGCUGCGCCCCAAGGAAGAAGGCGAGGAGGACGAGGAGGUGGCCGUGACGGGGCCUGGGCCGGUGGAGGGAGGCCUGGGGCCGGUGGCGCAGGAGGAGUUGCUGUUGCUCUUCACCAUGGCCUCCCUGCACCCUGCCUUUUCUUUCCACCAGAGGGUCACGCUCAGGGAGCACCUGGACCGGCUGCGGAGGGCCCUCUGCCGGGACGUCGAGGAGAUGGACGGGUUCGCUUGCCUUGCGAGUCGGAAUUUUCCCCAUAACUGCAUGCCAAGAAAUGAGAGCAAUUUACUUGAACAAAGAGCACAACGUGAUAAGCUUAUGGUGGCCUCCCACAGACCACAGCAAGAAGCUGUACAUAUUCAGAAGAUAAUGCUGAAAGGUGUACCAAGAAAAAGAUCUGACAAGCAUCUGGAAUAUACAUUUAAAGUGAUUUGGUCAGAUCAUUCUACAUCAUACGUAACAAAAACACACCAGGAACUUCAGGAAUUUCUAUUAAAACUUCCAAAGGAUCUUUCUUCAGAAGCAUUUGACAAGACUAUUUUAGGAGCAUUAAAUCAAGGGUUCCAGAAGCAAGAAGAAAGGCGACACCCAGACUUAGAACCUAUGAUAAGGCAGCUGUUUUCAACUACAUCACAAGCUUUUCUGCAGAAUCAGAGAGUAAACAGCUUCUUUCAGUCUCUGUCCUCUGAAUCUUUGCAUGCUCACAAUAACUUCCAGUCUACUCUGAAGACAUCUAAAAUUCCAGAACUUUUCAAAGAGGACAGCUCAGAAGCUUCAAGUCAGGAGGAAGAAAUGAUACAGCACACAGUGAUCCAUAAGAAACAUAAUGGGAAAUGUCCUGUAGCCAACAUCGUUAAUUCAAAAUGUUCUUCACUGGAUGGCUUUGACACAACACAUUCUGAACUCAAUGGUGUGGCAGACUGGAGAAGAAAAGGUUGUGCUCUUCAGCAGCAUCCAGAGCAUUGCACAUUACUUGACCAGCACACAGGGGAGAAGAGGAGCUUGCCUGUAAUAAGCAAGAAAAAAGGAAAGCUACAACCAGAAAAAGAUAAAGUAAAGAGACCUGACACCAGGUUAGCUAUCAGAACGAACUGCGUAAGAGUUGCAGAUGCUCACAAUCUUCACCCUGGAAUACUAAAAGAUUCAAAUUUAGACAUUGUAGUUGGACAUGACACAUGUGGAGAAACCUCUUCAGAGAGUUACAGUUCUCCUUCUAGUCCACGGCAUGAUGGAAGGGAAAGCUUUGAAAGUGAAGAAGAAAAAGACAGAGACACAGACAGCAAUUCUGAAGAUUCUGGAAACCAAAAUGUGAUGAGGUUUACUGGUUAUGGUUCUGCAGACCUCAAGCCACCUGCACAGAUUUCAGUGAGAUCAGACAAUCAAAAUAUCGCAGAAGAUCCCUUGAGUUCGCAGUUCCAACACAUUUCUUUUAUGCCUUCUCUUCACUGCGUGGUGCUCAAUGGUGCACAGAAGACUGAAGCGGUAGUUCCACCACCCAUUUCUGCUGAUGGAAAAACAUUGGGAAUGGUGGUUGCAAAUUCAGCUCCUGUUGGAAUAGGUUCAGCUGGUGAAUCUGAGAAACAUGUUGAACUUCUGUCUUCCCAUUUGCCAGCCACUUUCCUUACACCCACGGUCCAACCUGGUAAUCCUGCGUUGCACUUGGCAAUACACAGAAUGAAAAUAUCUUCACAGGCAUCAUCCGAAAGUUGUGCAGUUAGUGGACCACAACAGCAAACGGGAAACUUAAAUAUUGGAUCACCAAACACUGCCUUCAUUUCAGUGCACAACCCAGGUAAUUUCCCAGGAUCCACAGUUCCUACUACAGAUCCAGUCUCCAAACCUGCGUCCCAUAUGAUGGGCCUAAAUCAAAUGGUGCCUCAUGUUGACGGAAACACAGGCGUGAUCCCUCAGCCUCCCAGUCUAAAAGUAGUUGUUCCUGCAGCAGGUCUCUCCACAGCACUUCCACCAGCUCCUUUUACUGUACCAGUGACUCUUCAUGCUACCAGUGUAUUGCCCAAUCAAAGUACAACUGUCCUGAAUACUGUGGCGUCAACACCACCACCACCAUCUGGUUUGUGUGUGAGUCAGGUCCAGCCUACUGUUCCUCCUGCAAUACCUACCCACACACCAGGUCCUGCACCCAGCCCAAGCCCUGCUUUAACACACAGCACCGCACAGAGUGACAGCACUUCUUAUAUUAGUGCGGUUGGAAAUACUAAUGCUACUGGCACUCUAUUGUCUCCACAGCAGUUGGGGUCUGGGCCUUGUGGGUCUUGUGGUCGCAGAUGCAGCUGUGGGACCAAUGGAAAUCUUCAGCUUAACAAUUACUAUUAUCCUAACCCGCUUCCUGGACAAGUCUACAGAGUUUCACCCAUCUUCCCUCUUCCAUCGUUUUGCAAUGGUAGCUACCUCAACCAAGCACAUCAAACCAAUGGAACACAAAUUCCGUUUUACUUGCCUCGGGGCCCGUAUGCAAAUGGGAUGAUGCAUGACCCAGUAAUAGGGAGCCAAACCAACUAUGGUGUGCAGCAAAUGCCAGGAUAUGGGAGGUUCUAUUCUAUGUAUCCAGCUCAAAAUGUAGUUGCCAAUACUAAUGGAUCAGGUCCCAAGAAGAAUGGGAAUGUGUCCUGUUAUAAUUGUGGUGUUAGUGGCCACUAUGCACAGGACUGUAAGCAGUCGUCUAUGGAGGCCAGUCAACAAGGCACUUACAGAUUGAGAUAUGCACCUCCCCCACCCCCUUCUAAUGAUACGUUGGAUUCUGCUGACUGAAACCAAGUAAACAUUGCCUACAUACCAAAAUGAAGGUUGGGAAAUUUGGGGAAUUCUUUGGAUUUGAGAGAGUCCUUGUGUGUGUUUAUGUUCUGUUGCAUUUUUCAUUGCUCAUGAACGCCUCUUCUAAUACAAAAGAAGAAAGCGGUUUUGCUCCUGGUCUGACUUACAUAAAGCAUCUUGCUAUCUCAGCCAAUCAAAUCAAAAGAAUGAAUAGACUUUUGCACUGAAGACUUGAGACAUGCAAUGUUUACUCGCUUGUUUGUUUUUUGUUUUUAAGAUCAUUUAACUUCUGACUACACUGGUUGAACAGCCAUAUGGUUGAAAGGAGAAACUGGGUCAUGCUCUUAAAAGUAACAUUUCCCUUCCCCCCCCUCCACUUAUGCUGCUAUUCUUCUUUCCCACCUUUGCUGAGUCUGUAUGCCUUCAUGGGACUGAAUGGAUGUUCAGCUGUUUAAAUAAAUCCUGCCCAUAAUUCUAGUAAAUCCCUAUGCUUGUGAACAGAUGGGGGCAUUGCUUGCUUUUUCUUAAGAGAUUGAAAAUUCACAAUAUAUACAGCUCUUAUGUGCCUAAAUGAAAGGGGGAAAAACUGGGCAAGGUUUUAAAUUGUGUGAACUUAGCAGAUUGAAUAGAAAUAUGUUGAACAAUUUAUGUUUGUUGUAGUUUUUUUAAGCCUGUUGGUUCAAAGUGAGUAAUUGGUAUCAAUGCCAUAGUUUGUGUUUUUGCAUUUGUAAUAGAAGUUGGCAGCAAGUAUCGUUUAUUAAACAUAUUCUACUUCAUCAAACAAAAGAAACAUCAUGAUAAUUUAACACCAUCCUCUUUAGGCUCUUACAGUGUUGUGUUUAGAAUGUAAGUGAUUUAUUUCAAUCUGGACGAAACCUGUGUGUAUUCUAAAAAAAAUCAGUCAAGUAUUUAUAUACUAAAACCAGUCUACCAAAUAGCAAUGCCACUUUCUUAUGACAAUGUACCACUGUGUGAUCAUGAUAUAAUGUGAAAGACUCCAAUGAGUGUGAAGAUUGAUCAUGUUAGUGUCAUAUCACUAAGUUUAACGCUGCUGUAUCUUAGUUCUAAAAGCCAAGGUGUAAUCAAUUGCUUCCAGGUGAUUUUUGAUUUCUUAAGUGCACUGAGUUUAUCUGGAAGAAAACUUAAAACUGUUGAAAUCAGCACUGAACUACCACCAUGUGUAUUCCCAUAGGUAUCACAAUUCAGAGCAAAAAUAUAGAUUUUACUUAUUUAAAAAAUAGAUAUGCAGCAGAUGGAAACAAGUCAAAACAAUUUUGAUUAAUUCUAAUUGCUAAACAAGAAACUUGAAGAAACUUGAUUUACAUUUCUUCAUAGAUAGCAUUUAUAUUUAUAGCACCAAUAUAUUUUGAAAGUGAGGAUGUAAAAGGGUAGAUGAGAGCUUUAAUUUAAAAGAAAAUUAGCAUAGAAAAUAUUUUCAUUUUAAAAAUUAUUUGUGCUUGGUUUGGUGGACCAUAUUCAAAUGAAAUAACUGCUUCUGAAUUUAGUGAGGGUGUUCAAAGCACCAGUGGACUUGCAUUCUCAAUUACCUGCCAGUUUACUUUAUGGAACUUAUUUUAUGAUUUGAGAUACUGUACUGUAAAUAGGAGGUAUAUUGCCUUCUCUUUAUUUGUAUGUUUACCAUAUACUUUGAUAUUUGAAAUGUUAUGUACUGGAAAGGUCACUUAUAUUUCUAGAAAGAAUGGAUUUUAUGCAGCAUUUCUCCUUGAAUUAACAGCAAUAAAAAAGGAAAAAAAGCAUA